UCCGGUAGAUCAAAAUAAACCUCAGACAAGAGCUCCUAGAAAAGCUGAAGAUCAACCAAAGGACAAAGCAGUGGAAGUAGGGUUAUAAAGACUCUACCUCAGACAACAGAAAUGGACAUCCAGACGGGUCAAAGAGUACGUGCUCCGAGCCCCAUGGAGAGCCUAGAGAAGCAGCUGAGCUGCCCCAUCUGCCUGGAGAUGUUCACCAAGCCGGUGGUCAUUCUACCAUGCCAACACAACUUGUGCCGUGGCUGUGCCAAUGACCUCUACGACUCCAAAAACCCUUAUCACUACUCGGGAGGUAUCUUCCGCUGUCCUACCUGCCGGUUUGAAGUGGUGCUGGACCGCCACGGUGUCUACGGUCUGCAGAGGAACCUUCUAGUGGAGAACAUCAUUGACAUCUAUAAGCAACAGUUGGAGAAAGGUACCACCCUCGAACCCCCUUUGAAAUCCAAAGAGACAAAAGAACUCAUGUGCGAAGUGCACGAAGGUGAAAAAAUAAACAUCUACUGCAUGACCUGCCAGACACCCACUUGCUCUAUGUGCAAGGUAUUCGGUCAGCACAAAGACUGCGAAGUGUCCACCCUGAAAACUGUUUACGAAGCCCAGAAGUCCGAACUCAAAAAUUCAAUCGACCUACUGGGUGCCAGCAACAGCUGCCUGCAGGCGAUGGUAACGCAGAUGGAGGAAACCAGCAAAACUGUGGAAGAAAACAGCCAACUGCAGAAGCAGAGAUUGGGGGAGAAGCUUGACCUACUCUACGCCAUCCUAGAGGAGCGCAAGGGCCAGCUCCUAGAACAAAUCACCCAAGAACAGGAUGAGAAGGUGGUGGUGGUGCGAUCGCUUAUCCAGCAGUACAAUGAACAGCUGCAGGCCAGCAUCAAGCUGAUGGACAAAGCCUCCCAGACCAUAGCCAACAGCAGUGUGGCUGAGUUCCUCGUCACCGCAAAGAAGCUCAUCACAGAAGCCAAAGACGCAUCAAAGUGCUCCCAUCUCCAGAGGCCUGAGCCAGGAUUUGAAAGUAUGGACCACUUCACACUCAUCACUGAUGAUGUGGAGGCCAUGCUAACAAAAAUGGACUUUGGGGUGGGUGUCGAUGAUGAUGAUGAAGAAGAAGAAGAGGAAUAAGCAGUGAUAUACUUGAUAGAAAGACUGUUGGAAAAGAGACGAACAAGAUAAAACCCUUAUUAAUGUUUUGAUAAGGACAAUAAUCUGGCUGCUUUUGAUAACUGUGAGACAAGGGAUGUGCAAUUUUAACAAAUCGUUUUUUGUACAAAUUUGUACAAAUUGCACCAUUUGUAAUGACCUUUCCACUUGACUUUUAUACUUUUUUGUAAUACCGACAUUCAUAUUGAAUUAUUUUUUAUAUUUGUAGUAGAAGUUUAUACGUGAUUAGAGUGCUAUUUGUUUUGUUUGCCAAUGCUAGAUUUAUGAGCUGUAGAAUACAGCUUUGCGAUUUUACCUAAGCGUGUCAUGUGAGAUAAAAAUGUUUGAAAACUUGAAAUUUGAAAUAAUGCACUUGAUGGAUUAAAUGUCAUGUGAAACCUUAUUUUCAUUGGACAAUUCAUUGAAAAUAAAAGAAUUACACAAACUCUCA